AUGGAAGUCCAGUGCGACACUGAUCAAGGCAUCACGUCGAGCACGCAGCGCAAGUACAUCUUCACCCUGGCGAAGCAUUUUAGCCUUCACGACACGACUCAUGUCUACGCACGGUUCCCGCUGGACACGCGCCGCGGCAGCAAGGACAGAGCUUUGCUCGCCGACGCUGCCCAGUGCCCGCGACGACACCGCGACUGGCUGCAGUCCAAACUCCAGAAGCUCGCGACGCUCUCGACGACCGAGCCCAAGUACGUCGCGGCCCCGUGA